CUGCUCAAAGGUUGAACUCGACGAUAAGAUGAUGCACCGCCUGUCUAGCUAGCCUGAAACAUUAAGGGACAUUUAACAGCUGUUGUUACGUGUAUCCUGCAGUUUUCCUACACGCAACGCAACUUUUCUUAAUGAUUGUUAUCAAGAUAACGAUAUUCACUCAAACCGGUUAGCUAGCUAGUUCUUAUCACAGUGCGCAUACGCUAAACACGGACACUCGUGAGUGCCGCGGGAGGCUGGUUACUCAUCUCCUGUUCAGCUAGCAGCUAGCUUGUCUGUUAUCAUGUUAGCAUAAAAACGGGAAACCACAUGAUAAGUAUAGUCUUUGUUGCUCCAGGCUAUGUUGCUAGUCAGUCUUCGUCACGACCAACGAGGAAGUGCGCGUGAGAGUCUCUCUCGCUCCAGCGCAAGUCUUCUUUUCCGAUGAACCCACAGCAUCAGUGUCGUGAACACCAAAGGUCCCUGGUUCAGCGUGAAAUCAGACGCUGAGAUGUCGUUCACGCAAAAAUCAAGGGUGACGAGUGACAAGUGAAGGAGCUCUGAUCCACCAUGGGGAACACGGCGUCGAAGAGUGGCAGCAUAGAGGAACUGGUCAAAACAACUUUGUUCGAGAAGGAGCCCAGUGGGAUCACAUACAGGAUCCCUGCUCUCAUCUAUCUGAGGCACAGUCACACCUUCCUCGCCUUUGCAGAGAAAAGAUCCUCCCCCUGUGAUCAUGAUGCCAAAAUUCUUGUGAUGAGAAGAGGGACGCUGAAAGAUGACGGAAGUGUUCAGUGGUCCCCCAGUCAGGAGCUGUCAACAGCAUGUCUACCAAACCACCGCACCAUGAGCCCCUGCCCCGUGUAUGAGAAAAACAGCAAAAUGUUGUUUCUGUUCUUCAUCUGCGUGUGGGGAAACGCUACAGAGAUUAGGCAGAUCGUCACAGGUAAGAACAAGGCACGCCUCUGUUGUGUUAGCAGCAGUGAUGAUGGGCAGACUUGGAGUCCAACAAAAGACUUAACAGAGAGUGUGGUUGGUGAAACUAUCCAUAAGUGGGCCACGUUCGCUGUGGGUCCAGGCCACGGUGUUCAGCUGGAGAACGGCAGGUUGAUCAUCCCAGCCUACGCCUACUUCAUCUCUUACAGAUGCUGCUCCUACCCCAUUCCUUUCACAGUGUACCCACGUGCACUCUCUAUUUAUAGUGAGGACUUUGGACAGACGUGGCAUAUAGGUAAGAUGCUUCGAAAAAAGUCGUGUGAAUGUGAAAUGGCAGAGAUUAUAGACCACGAGGGCAGGAGUCAUCUUUACUGCAAUGCCCGUAACACUGGAGGCCACAGAUGCGAGGCCCUAAGCGAAAACAGUGGCGUGUAUUUCGACAAACCCCACAUGGCCUCAGAGCUCGUCGAACCACCUUCGGGUUGUCAGGGCAGCGUCAUCGGCUUCCCUGCUCCCGAAUUUGUCCCAAACGACGACGCUGAAAGCAAAGCUUGCGGCACAUCCCUCUUGUCUCCUGACACACAAACCUGGCUCCUCUUCAUGCAUCCAACCAACAAGUCUAGUAGAAGGGACAUGGGCGUGUAUUUGAACCGGUCCCCCCUGCACUCGUCGGGAUGGGACCGGCCCAGGAUCUUCCACAGGGGACCCAGCGGCUACUCGGACCUGGCCUACAAUGGAGACAAGGAUCAGUUCUCGUGCCUGAUGGAGUGCGGGAAAGAGAGUGAACUUGAGCAGAUUGCCUUCAUGUCGUUUACCCUUAAUGAUGUCAUGCAGACAGGCGGUAAGAAAGAAAAGAAGAUGCAUUGAAUUGCGGUUGCUUUAUAUGUGUAUUAACUUAACAGAGCUCCCUGACAUUGUCAUGCAACCUUAAAUUCCAAACAAAAAAACCCCACUGAAUAUGGUGUGCAGUAACAUCCGUCUGUGUUUACUGUUGUUCUACAUUCUGGAGAUGAUAAUGCAUGAGUCGUGUGUUUUGUUGUCUCCCUGUAUACAUGAAAACGUAUUUGAAGUCCUAAUAGUGUUGAUAUGCAACCAACUGUACAAGGAAGGAAAAGGGGAGGGUGGUCGAUUCGAAGCAUGCUGUGCUGGACUGUCAUUUUUAAAAACAGACGAUGUGUGUAGCAUGUUUGACGAGCACUUCAUACCCCAACUCUGCAUCUUAUUAAACUGUCAGUUUUCCUGAGCAGUGGAGAGAAUUUGCCUACCUCUUUUUAUUUUCAUAUGAAGAUCAUUCGCGGGCCUUGUAAAGUCGAGUGAAGAGUUUUCUCCAUGCUCAGUCUCUCUUUUAGAUCCAGUGUACUCUGAUUCACAUAUGCCUUCUACUCCGCUCUCUGAACUUCAGCUGUGCCGCUGUCGCCUGUCAGCGCACAACCUUUUUUGUGGGUCACAGAAAAGAAACAUUUACUUACUGGCCGCAUCCAGCUAAUAAUCAAUGAAGAGACCAACUAAACUGUACCAGCUUGUAAAACAGCUGGUUACAGAGAUUGAUAGAGAGAGUUUAAGGACCUUCACCAAACAACUUCUGUCAACAGCAUUUGGGCGACUUUUUACCUUCAUUUUCCAGCAGUUACUUAUUCUUUUCCAGUUUUCCAGUACAUUUUGCAUGAUUUUCCAAAGUAGCACUAUCGUACUAUUAUUUAUCAAUUGCAGGAUUAUGACCAAGAAUGAUUAGCUGGCCCUCGGAUGUCAUAUAAACGCAUGUGACAACAUGUUACAUACAAAGCCUCUAGGAUUUUGCAAACAUACAAAACCUUGUAAUGAACAACUUUUAACAUCUGUCUUUGCCCGAUGUCGUGAGGCAAAAUGCCUCGAGGCGACUCUGCGCUAGUUUCAUUGUGUUUUUGUUGACUGUUGUGGAAAAGUGACAAAACUUGCAUGAAACAUGUAUUUUAGUAGAAAAUAAAGGUAACCUGUGAUCAUCGGA